GUGCGAGCAGCUUACUGACCCCUGUCUCUCUUUGCAGGUGUUUGACCAAAGGGAAGCAGCAGCAGCAGCAGCAGCAGCAGCAGCAGGGACUUCGAGCUCCGUCUACUGUCGCUGCCAAAAGUUUUAGCCAAUCAAAUGCACCCUGACAAUAAACUGACCAAUCAUGGAAAGACAGGUAACAGUGGUGCCCAGUCCCAGCACCAUAAUGUGAGCCAAGGACCCACCUGCAACCUGGGGUCUAAGGGCGUGGGGGCGGGAAAUCAUGGCGGCAAAGCCAGUCAGAUUUCUCCUGGCAACUCUGGACUGAAAAACAGCCAGAACGCUCUCCCGAACUUCGGGUCCUUGAAGGGCAAAGGGAAGCGGGAGCGAAGCAUCUCGGUGGACUCGGGAGAGCAGCGGGAAGCCAGCACCCCCUCGUUGGACACGGAACCGAAAGGUGAGGUGGCUCCUCGCAGCAAGCGGCGGUGCGUUCUGGAGAGGAAGCAGCCGUACAGCGGGGACGAAUGGUGCUCCGGCCCAGACAGCGAGGAGGACGACAAGCCUGUCAGCAGCGCACACAAUUGUAAUGUAGCAGAUCCUGCAAUGUCCACAGCUCCGCAGCUUGGGCCAGGGUCCAACCCACUGCCAAGCCUGAAUGAGACCGGUUCUUCCAGCACCCCACAUGGCGCUACCCCCGGCCUGCGGCCUGAUGGUACAGGGAGUGGAAGUGGCAGCACUGGAAAGCAGCCUUCCCAGUUCGUUUACGUCUUCACCACGAACCUGGCCAACACUGCUGCAGAAGCUGUCCUGCAGGGCCGCGCUGACUCCAUCCUGGCCUACCACCAGCAGAACGUUCCCCGGGCAAAGCUGGACCAGGCUCCAGCUCCCAAGGUGCUGGCGGGUGCUGAGCAGCUGCCCAUUAACCCGCCUGCUGCCAACACUCCACAAUCCCAGCCCCCCGCACCUCAGGGCAGUCAGUCACAGCCACAGCCGCCCCCAGCCCAGCCGCCGCCCCCGCCCCAGGGCAUCACCCCGACCGCUCUGCCCACGCCGGUGGCCCUGCCCCAGGAAGGGGCUGGAGAUGACGUCCGGAGAGACCUGACUCCCAACUCUGUGGGGAACAGCAGCAGUAGCAACCAGUCUGGAAGCAACCACCCCAACACGCCCACAGCCACUGCCACUGCCAUGCAGCCCGGGCUGGGGGACUCAUCCAGCACCUCCACCUCCACCUUGCUGGGGGAUGGCCCUGGCCCUGGCCCUGGCCCUGGCCCUGGCCCCGGCCCCGGCCCUGGCUCUGGCCCUGGCCCUGGCACAGCUGGGAACGGGCAGGCCGGGUUGGGCCCCAGGAACCCCCUGAACUCAGAGGGCCUCUCCAAGGAGCAGCUGGAGCACCGGGAGCGCUCUCUGCAGACUCUGCGGGACAUUGAGCGCAUGUUCCUGCGCAGUGGGGAGGCUGAGCCCUUCCUGAAGUCCAACCAAAGCACCAGCGAGGGCAGUGCUGCCCCCCAGCCACAGCCUCCCCCUGCCCAGCCCCCGCCACCACCUACUGCCAUGAAGAAAUAUGAAGAGCCCCUGCAGUCUAUGAUCUCCCAGACGCAGAGCCUAGGGGGGCCCAGCCUGGAGCACGAGGUCCCCCACCACCCGGGCUCUGACAUGGGCCAGCAGAUGAACAUGAUGAUGCAGCGCCUGAACCAGGAUAACCUGACCCCAGAGCAGGUGGCCUGGAGGAAGCUGCAGGAGGAGUACUAUGAGGAGAAGCGGCGGAAGGAAGAGCAGAUUAGCAUCCAUGGCCGGCCCAUGCAGGAGAUGAUGAUCCCUCAGUCCAUGAGUGGCAUGAUCAUGCGAGGCCCGCCACCACCCUACCACAGCAAGCCUGGGGAGCAGUGGCCACCGGGCAUGGGCAGUCAGCUGCGAGGGCCCAUUGAUGUCCAGGACCCCAUGCCGCUGAGGGGAGGCCCCUUCCCAGGCCCGCGGUUCCCUGGCAGUCAGAUGCAGCGGGUCCCUGGCUUUGGUGCGAUGCAGAACAUGCCCAUGGAUGCGCUCGGGCCCAUGAAUGCCAUGCAGCGGCCAGUCAGACCCGGCAUGGGGUGGAGUGAUGACAUGCCCCCCAUCGGGGGCCCUGGGAACUUUCCACAAGGGAAUCUGCCCUACCCUUCGGGACAGGGGGACCCUGAGCGGUUCAUGACCCCCCGAGCCAGGGAGGAGAUCCUGAGGCACCAGCUGAUGGAGAAGCGCCCCGUGGCAGUGCAGAGGCCCAUGGGGAUGUCGGGCAGCUCCAUGAGCCAAGGCAUGGAGAUGGAGAGGAUGAUACAAGCUCACCGGCAGAUGGACCCAUCUAUGUUUCCUGGCCAGAUGCCAGGGGAGAGCUUGGGUGGUGCACCCCUGGGCAUGGACUUCGCAGGGACCAGAGGGAUGCUGAGUCCACCCAUGAGCCAGUCAAGCCUCCGCGAUAUGGACACGCCCCUGGGCCCUGGAAACCUCAACAUGAACAUGAAUGUCAACAUGAACAUGAACAUGAACCUCAACGUCCAGAUGACGCCGCAGCAGCAGAUGCUGAUGUCCCAGAAGAUGAGGGGCCCUGACAUGAUGGGCCACCAGGGCAUGAGCCCAGAGGAGGUGACUAGGGCGAGAGCCCAGAACGGCAGCAGCAGCGUGAUGAUGGGCACGCCCCAGAAAAUGAUGAUCCCUUCGCAGUUUGCCAGCCAGGGCCAGCAAGGCUUCCCCAGUGGCCAGGGCCCCUAUCACAGCCUGCCCCAGGAGAUGGGUAGCUCCUCGGACAUGUUCACCCCUGAGCAGGGUACCCUGCCUGUUGGCACCAUCGGCAGCACCACCAGGCUCAGUCACAUCCCCUUACCACCCGCCUCCAAUCCCCCUCCCAGCCAGGGGGCCAGCAUCCACCCGGCACCUUCGCGGGGCCUGGGCCGCCGGCCCUCCGACCUCACGAUCAGUAUCGGCCAGAUGAACUCUCCUGGCAUGGGCCAUCUCAAAUCCCCGACGCUCAGCCAGGUGCACUCGCCCCUGGGUACUUCCCCCUCAGCCAACCUCAAGUCCCCGCAGACGCCCUCGCAGAUGGUCAGCGUGCCGCCUGCCAACCCAGCCGGGCCCCUCAAGUCGCCCCAGGUGAUGAGCUCCUCCCUCAGUGUCCGGUCGCCUACCAGCUCCCCAAGCCGCUUGAAGUCCCCUUCCAUGGCUGUUCCUUCCCCUGCGUGGGUGCCUUCUCCAAAAACCACUCUUUCAAGUCCAGGAGUCAGCCAGAGCAAGCAGCCCAUCAGCAUGAACUCAGCAUCUUCCCUGGGAGGGAUGGAGCAGGGUUCUCUGCCUCCUGGGCCUAGGAGCAGUUCCUCCGCACCAGCCAGUAACCCCUCUAGCACCCUGAAUCCCAACAUGCCUUUUACUUCCUCUCCAGAUCCAUCCCCCUCCCAGAACCCCCUCUCGCUGAUGAUGUCACAGAUGUCCAAGUACGCCAUGCCCAGCUCCACGCCACUCUACCACAAUGCCAUCAAGACCAUUGCCACCUCUGAUGAUGAGCUGCUCCCAGACAGGCCCAUGCUCCCGCCGGGAAGCAUGGCAGGUGUUGCAGGAAACCAGCCAAAUCAGCUGCACUUGAACUCGGUGGGGCCCGCAUCCUCGCAGAGCCCCAUGGGGAUGAGCCUGCCUGGCCAGCAGCCACUGUCCCAUGAGCCCCCCACCUCCAUGAUGUCCUCGCCAAACCCCCUGGGCUCCAACAUUCCAAUGCACCCCGGGGCGCAGGGGGCGGGCAUCCCCAGCCAGAACCCCAUGAUGCUGCCCCCCGGGCAUCAGGACCCCCUGAACCAGCAGUGUGGCCCUGUGCCCAACAGCUCUCAGAUGAUCCCUUCCAGCCAGCUGGUGUUCCCCCGCAUGCAGCAGCCUCAUGGUGCCAUGCCAUCGCCAGCCGCAGGUAUGCCCAUGGCCCCCGGAGGCGGUGGCGGCCCUGGCCUGCAACAGCACUAUCCCCCGGGGAUGGCCUUACCACCAGAGGACCUUCCCUCCCAGCAGCCUGGCCAGAUGCCCCCACAGCAGCACCUGAUGGGCAAGAGCAUCCCUCCUCGGAUUGGCGAGCCUUACCCCGCGGUGCUCCCAGGGGUGGCCUCCGUGCUGAACGACCCUGAGCUAAGCGAGGUCAUUCGCCCCACACCCACGGGCAUCCCCGAGUUUGACUUGUCCAGGAUCAUCCCCUCUGAGAAGCCAAGCAGCACCUUGCAGUAUUUCCCCAAGGGCGACACCCAAGUUCCGAAAUCGCAGCCUUCCAACCUCCACCUCAUGAACCUGCAGAACAUGAUGACAGAACAGACCCCCGUGCGCCCGGGCAUGGCGGCCCCCAGCCUCCCGGGGCAGCAGAGCGUGCAGCGGGGACUUGGCAUGCCCAUGUGUCACCCGGGACAGGUGCCCGUGCUGGGCAGGACAGGCAUGCCGCCGCAGCAGGGCAUGAUGGGCAGCAGCAUGCACCAGGGCGUGAUGUCCCCGCAGCAGAGCCUCAUGGCGCAGCAGAACUUCAUGCUGAUGCAGGCCAAGCAGAGGAGCAUGUCUGUGUCGGGGGAGAUGUACGCCCAGGCCGGGCACAUGAUGUCACCUCAGGGCUCCCUUAUGGGGCCCCCGCCUCAGCAGAACCUCAUGGUCACGCACCAGAUGAGGCAGCGGAGCGUCUCCCUGGACAGCCAAAUGAACUACCUCCCCGGGCCGGGGAACAUGGCCAACCUGCCCUUCUAGCCGUGCCCGGGUGUGGGGGGGGCUGGGAUUACUGGGCAGGCGGGGGCCAGGCCUAGGGGCCGUGGGGGUGUUCUCCACAUCGGACGUGCCUCUGUGCGGAGACCAGAUGUGCAGCAAACGUGAUGUGAAUCCUUUCUUUGGGGGGAGGGGGGAGCUGGGAUUGGAGUCGCUAUGAGACCCGCGUUGCAGCCAGGGGCUCCCAGAUCCUGCAGCAGUUGUAAAAUGUUCAGUUAUUUUUUUCCUCUUAGAGUGGGGUUUUUGUUUUGUUUUUUUAUGUUGUUUUUUUAAAGCAACCAAAAUGUCAAAAGGGGUUUGAACUAGCUGUAAAUAGGUCGCUGGGAAAGGCAAAACUUGUGCUGGUUUUUAA